AUGUUCAUGGAUCUCUGUAACAUCAUAAUAGUAAGUGACACAAAUUCUAUCAUUGAAGAUGUUUUAAUGGUUCAGCAGUACCAAAGAAAAGACUCACAUCAACAUCACACAGCUCACAUUGCUUGCAAGUUUGCUGAGCUGAAGGAGAAGAUAGAUCGUCGUUCUGGAGAAAAGCUGGAAGAUGGUCCCAAGUUCUUGAAAUCCGGUGAUGCUGCCAUCGUUGAUAUGGUUCCUGGCGAGCCUAUGUGUUUUGAGAGCUUCUCUGACUGUCCUCCUCUGGGCCGUUUCGCUGUUCGUGACAUGAGACAGAUGGUUGCCGUGGGUGUCAUCAAAGCAGUGGACGAGAAAGCAGCUGGAGCUGGCAAGGUCACCAAGUCUGCUCAGAAAGCUCAGAAGGCUAAAUGAAUAUUAUCCCCAAUACCUGCCACCCCAGUCUUAAUCAGUGGUGGAAGAACGGUCUCAGAACUGUUCGUGUCAAUUGGCCAUUUAAGUUUAAUAGUAAAAGACUGGUUAAUGAUAACAAUGCAUCAUAAAACCUUCAGAAGGAAAGGAGAAUGUU